UCUAGCCAACGUUCUCUUGAUGUGCCAGCACGAGCGCAUAUAUGCGCCGGAGCCGGACACGGAUUGUCGAUCGGGGUGUCCCUUGACAAGGGACUAUUGUCAUACCGCGACUGGUCUGACCUCGUCGAUGGUGGACCGAAGCAGAGGGCCUGUCGAUGGCUCAUGGCAACCAGGGAAGGGAACCUUGUGCUGAGCUUCUUUAUGGGACCGGUGUUGACUGCCCUCGCUUGGGCGCCGUUUGUGGGUAAUGCGGGCGGCGAAGGCGUUUGUGUAUGGGGCGAGGAAGAACCUCCCAAAGAUCCAGACCCAGAUCCGAAGAAGCCGUUGAUGUACUAGACGCAUCUACUCAUGGAUGUAUGCGAUACAGAAAACGCCAUGCGACUAACGAGCCUGCAAGAGAUCUUGCUAUGCCUGUGGGUGUCGACCUGUUAUCCUCUGAUCCUGUCAACCUCGAUCCUCCAGUUAGACCAGUCUGUGAUUCCUGCCGUACCAUGUGUAUGAUAGAUGCAAUUUC